CACCUGAGCGGAGAAGAUGAGCUUACCAAGGCCUUCUGUCGCCUCAAUGCGUCGGACGAGCUGCACCUCAUCCCAUCGAUCUCUCAAAGAAAAUCCGCGCUAGCCGAAAUAGGAAAGUACUCAAAAUCCUAUUGAGACCAACUUCCGGCCUAGCGUCCAUACUCCUCUCCACCGGGUCGAGACCUCUCACAAUGGACUGCCAGGCGCUCGUUCUGAUCGCAAUCUGCUGCACAAUGAAUGGCAUAUUGCCCUCUGGACGGCCGGACCAUACCCUUUGGCCUAUCUCCAGUGAGUACAGGACGCAUGAAACGCUGGAGGAUGUGAUCAUGUCGCCGUGCCUGUACUGCGCUCUGUCAUGCUGUGCAUGCUACCACAGAUUCUCCACAAUGCGUCGACAGCGAAGUGACCGCAAUACAAUGACACGCUCUACUGCAGCCGCGAUUGCAACCUCAUCUUCUCUUAUCAUCUUACGUCCGGGCGCUCUUUCUCUACUUCAUUCGCAACGCGUUCCCUUAUUGUCAACCUUGGCAGUCGAGUUCACCUUAUUGAGCCGGGCCAUUGGACUCCCGUCGCUGAAUGAGCCGUUGAUCUUCUUUAUUCCACUGGCCUAUUGAGGUACCUUUUGGGCCUCCUCCUCUCAAGGCUCCUUGUUCAAGUAUUAAUGCUCUUAUAUUCCCUCACCGCAUGCAGAUUCUCUCUUUCUCCUCUACCCAUCUACAGUCACU